AUGGCCACAACUGCGUACACGAUCUACUCGCACUACGAUCCCUCUCAACGAGAAAGGCUAGAAUAUGAAACCGGUCAAAUUCAGGAAACCGAGGAGGCAGUUAACGCCGACAUCUGGGAAGUAGAAGCAUUCAAGGCAAGGACACGAGCACCCCCUCCGCGGUUUGUGAGGGCUACCAUCGACCAUGACAGAAACUUUACGCCGGAAGCCAGUAUUUCCACCACCCGCACGAACGAGGAUGGUCUUUCAAGCUGGUAUCGAUCCUUGACUCGGAAUUCAGACGAGAAUCCCAAACACAAGCAAGCGGAGGAGAGAAGGAAUGGGAAUGUGAAGUCAACGAGUCUACCCUCCUCUUCGUUACUACCCGAACCCUUGCCCAUUAACAAGAUAAAAGAAAAGUCGGACAAGAGUGAUUGGUUCAUUCAAAAAGCUUUACUUCAGUCUCAAUCUGAAACCGGAAGCCACCAAACCGUCGAAAGUUCACCGUCAACACUAGCAGAUAUCCUAGCACGGGAUCCACCUCCGCGUCCCGCUUCAGGAGAUAAGUUCUAUCCUCCCGUUUUCCUUGCAUUAGGUCCUUCUAACAAAGGCUAUGCUCUCCUGGAGAACAAGGGUUGGACGGAGGGAGAGACUCUUGGAGUAGAUGUUGUUCGGUCAAGGGUGAAGAAAGAGAAAAUGGGAAAACACAGAAACAAAGAGGUGGUUAUCCGAGACAUAGGGGACGGAGAAGUGAAGGAAGUUGCUGAAGUUAUCGAUUUGACCUUCUCUGAUAGCGAGGAGGAACAGGAGGAGGAUGCAGAAGAAGGCUCGUCAGAUCAGCAAAACAAAGCACUCAAAUCCGAACCCCUGGACGAGGACAUCUUACAGUCCUUCUCUUCUUCCAUUACUUCCACCCGCACUGCUCUCAUCACUCCGCUCCCGACGAUACUCAAAUCUGACAGAUUGGGAAUUGGGCUGAAAGCUAAGACUGUUGGGCCUUACAAGGCUUCAAUGAAACGUGUUACACAUAAUGGUGCUGCGCUCGCCGCACAUCUUCAAAGAGCAGAGGAUGCGAGGAAGAGAAGAGAGAAGCAUGGGAGAGGGCAUCGAGCUUUCUCAAGGCUUUAUAAGGAAGAGCAGAGGCGAAGAGCGGAGCUGCAGGCUUACAUGAAUUCGUAG